AUGGCGUCUGCGUCGACCUCGCUGCAGCAGUCCUUGGGUGGGGUAGAGAACGUCAGCUUGAGGGUGCGUGGGACGUCGUUUACUGCCGUUGAUAAUCACACCCCACCGCCUCGAGUGGAAUACGUUACCUACGCAAAGCUACCCUGCAAGUGCGCACCCGGACCUCCUAUCGCUGCCUCAUCAUCGCUACGACCGCGUGCGGCGUCGCAAGCAACAGUGGUUUCAGGGAAUCCUUUGCUGACAGCGCCCCCUUCACUUCCCGCCUCCGCCUCGCCGCCACCCUCGCCAACAACGGAAACAGCGACCCAAUUGUUGCCGCCCCAACCGACUUCACCACGUACUGCCUCUGUCAAUGAGAAAGGCGACUCGCCUUUUCAGGCAGCGCAGGGAUUCCUGUUCGCCUCCGGGGCCUCGCUGCUCUCCUACGCAAACCCGGCUCUUUACUUCUCGAAUACCAGCGGUUUAGACGCGAGCAGUGGCAGCGGCGGCACGAACACCAGCUGUGUCGAGGAGCUGAGUGAAGAGGUCCAGCGCAACUUGUUGACGUCCUCCACGGUAGCAGCAGCACUCAAGGAGCGGUAUGACGGGGUCGGUGCUACAGCCGUGCCAGGCAGCAGCAGCACCAGAAACAGUAGCGUAGACUGGAAAAAGAUUGACUGGGUGCGCCAGCAGUGCCGCUACACGGGCGAGGCACUGUUGAAGUCUCCCCUAAAAACAGCUCACGAUAGCGAGGCAGCGGCGCGACGGGAAAGUGCAUCGCUCCCAACUGAUGUUGCUGCCGCGACCGCACCGCCGCCAACCUCUGACGCCUCGUCCUUCUCUAGCCCCACCGCCAUCCCUGGCAGCACUGAGGUAGGGGAAAGGUCGAUGGGUGUCCGCCUUAUGCAAUCUCUGCUGUACCCUUUCACACAGCCAACCGCUCCAUCACCGUCCACGAUAGCAGCACCGGUGGCUCCUGCGGACAAUGUUGUCGCUGACACUGUGGUACCGCACGGGGAUGGCGUCAUGACGUACUUGCUCUACUGCAAGCCAAAGGCUGAUGGUUAUGGCUACCCCACUGGUGGCCCCAGUAGCGAAACCGCGGGCGUGGGUGCGUCGUCCUCGCCCAUCCUCCCUGUAGCUCCAUUUCUUUCGCCAGAUCUCAUACCGACUGCCUACUGUCCACCACUCACUGACAUUGAAAUCACCACCGCUGAGGUCGGCCUUGCUCCCUCAGGCACCGUGGCAGCAACCUCUGCGCCUCCGGUGCCGCACCUCUUGCUGCUGUCGCUGAUUGUUUACGAGGGCACCUUCGUGCAUGGACGACGUCAUGGACGAGGCCGUCUCACUGCGUACGGGCGAAUGGUGCUAGAAUGCACCUGGUCAGAGGAUGUACCGUCUCUGGGGGUGCCAUGGCUUAUAUCACCAGCAGCGAAUUCAACGGACUUACCAGCGCCGACGCUUUGGAAUGUGGACGCGCACGUGUGGACACCCACGCCUACAAAACCGACCCCGUCGGUUGCACAGAGCACUCGACGUGGACCUCGACCUCGCACCACCGCCACAGAUGGUGCCACAGUGGAUGAAGCACGUCGGUGUCCCUCAUGUGCACCCUCAGGGACAUGGUUGGUGAGGACGAGUCAGGCGUACAUGGGCUCCUUGAUGCUGGCGACGGUAGCGAGCAAGAAGCUCCUCGCAAAGAUGGAGGCAUGCAUGAGAAGCAUCAGCUCUCCCCUGGGGGCACAGGUGGUGCCCGACCUGCACGGCACGCGCUACGUCGCUCUUCCUGUUCCCCACCCUCGCUCCUCGUCCGACGGCGCAGAUCUCUGCGACGCCUUCUAUGGAUUGGGCUGGGCAAACCACGUGGUGCUCCUUCCAGAUGGCUUUGGCGAAGCACAUUUUCAAGCAGACGGUGGCCUGGUGUUCUCUGCCCCGCCGCCUGCAUCACCUAUGCUGACCAUAUCUGCGCUUGGUGGGCCCUUUCAGCCUCCACUCUGGGUGCCAGAGACCUCUUCUGCGGCGCCGCGCACGUACACGUCGUUCUCGUCAGCUUCUCCUUGCUGGCAGUACUGCGGUCAGUGGUCAGCUGGCCUCCCGCACGGCUUCGGGGCAGAAGCCGUGCGGCUCACCGACCCCACCGCUGCCUCUCUUGCCUUCUCCGCCUCUACCGCUGGGGCAGGGCCACCGCAGUACCCCUGGCGCUCGCUCUUCCUCGGGCAGUACGUGAAGGGGAAGCAGUGUGGACCAGGGACCCAUCACGGCGUGCAAGGUAGUGAAGCCACAGAAGUGGUUCUGUGCGGUACGUGGCCGCGCCAUGGGCGGAGCAGCACUGCUGCUGCCGCCACUGCUGCUCCUGCUCUGCACGAGCUGGAGCAGACAACGGCGAACGUCGUGCUUUUGCCUCUCUCCAGCUGUACAGGAGUUAUCCGUGCCGCCGGUGUGGGGGCAAUUACUGCCGCCGCCUCCUCCUCAUCUCCAUCAGUGAUUUCGUCAUCGUUCUUUUCCCUGCAGGAUGCUCGCUGGAGCGACAACGGCACCGGCGACGGCAGAAAUGCGGAAUGCAGUAGCAGCGGAGGAGGGUUCUUCCCGCUUGCAAAGCUGCGGCAAUCUACUGCAGCGUUGAGCGGCAUGUGGGAACCACUGUUCCGGGUCGUGGACGACGUGGUGGCGCGGCAGAGUCCUUCACUGUUGUUCGGUGACGACGAGACUGGUGGUAGAGCCGGAGGUGAAUGUGUAGGCGACAAGGCUACCGCAUCGGACGCCUCUCCAUCGAACAAGGCACUGCUGUGGCAGCGGGCAUAUCAGCUGAUGGACAGCUUCGUCACCUCCCCCACGUGCGUCACGGUACUCAGCACCUUUCAGGCGUGUUUUGCGUUUAUGUACGGCGCAGAUGUGACGGCAACGGCAACAGCAGCAGCAGCAGCAGAUUCCACGAAUGGCAUGACGCCUUCAGGCUCGAAAGAGGCGACACUAACGCUGUUGCACCUCCUCAAGAGUGCUGCGGCUGUAGCGCCGUCGUCAUCGUCCGUGGUGCCACUCAUGGGGUACCCGUGGUGCCCACCGCACUCCUGGUGUGCAAUGGCCCAUCUAGGGGGCCCUUCCGUCCCGCUGCACGGCACACAGAGUGGUCCCAACUUUGCGGGCUGUCUCCACUCGGGACUGUCCGACGGUGCCACGCACCGUCACUCUCCCCCCACCGCCUCGCACCUUGGAACACAGCAACCCAGCGGCUUCUCCAGAACCGCCUACUCGAAAAAAAGCCCAAAUAGUGCUUCGCGGCGGCCUCCGCUCAGCACCGCGGCCGCCGCUCUCGAGCCCUUUUCUGCAGCCCACACCUUCACCCACGCAAUGCACACCGCCGCCGCCCUUGUCUCCUCCCUCCGUCUCCGGCUUCUCUCCUGCUUCGCCGCCUACCCAAAUCUGUGUGAGGUGGUCAUGGAAGACAAGGAAAGUGAGGACAAGAUUGUGCAGUACUGCUGGGACAUCACCUUUGGCUACGUGGGGUCAGUUCUGGUGAAGAAGGCGACCGCUGUUGCAGUCGCUGAUGUGCAUCUCGUGUGGGAGCUGCUCGGGCUCAAGAGCGAGAGGAGCAGGAAGGAAACGCUGACGGACUACUUCGUGGCCCUGCGUCGGUGCCGUACUCUGACGAAAGCAGACAUGGUGGCCGUGCUGCAUCCCGACGGCGUUGAAGCGUGUGACGCAGGCAACCUUUCUUCGCUAAACGAGUACGCCAGGCGCUUUGGAGAGCUGCUGGAGCUGCACGCGGCAGCCACUUUGUCAACCCCUUUGCGUUGCACACCAGCUAUCCGCGUUUCCAACGAGUUGCAAACCAUGUCAACUCUCCUCUCAGAACUACAUGCCUUGUUAGGGACUGCAGGAACAAUCAGCGGUCGCGUGAAGUGCUCCGCAGACCACCUAUCCGGGUCAGAGGUAGAAGGUGCGGCGAUGACGACGACGUUCACAUUGGCGCAGCAGGAAGCGCUGCUUCGCUGGGUUCUCCUGUCUGCAACUAUGGGCCAGACCUCGGCCGUCUCUUUUGCAUCAUGCAGCGUGGCAGGGCGGCACCCGUUCGCCUUUCUUUUACUCGGUCAUUUCCUGCUCAGUGGCCGAGUCAUCCCGGCGUACCCGAUACUGGCUGGCGAUAGCUGUGCGCGAGAGGGCAGUAACAACAGCGGUUACCCCUCUCGGUACGGCCUUCUGCUGCUUCUGGCGGACAUGGCAAGAGCCACUAGAGAGCUGAUGCACACAUACCCUUCCAUCCGCUCUCGGGCUCUACUCUCUUCGUCGCGCGCGACAAUGCAUGCAAGGAUGACCUCUGUGGUGUGCCCACUGGACACGUUAGCGUUAAAGCUAGAGUACGCACUCAGUCCUUGUGCGGCCUUGCACCUUUGCGCGUCCUCCCAUGUUCAUCUGAUCAGCGGCGCUGCCGUAGGCGUGACAUCAUCCGGGCUGCAAGUUAGUGGUAAGGGUGGCCCCGCCGACGAGACGGGAGGCACGGCUCUAUGCAACGCCGGUGCGCCGAUGGGCAGCAUCAUUUGCAUUAACAUGCAAAAUCUCUCUUGCGAGGCACAGCAGUGGUGCCGGCGUGAGCUUACAGACCACCUCACCGUGCCACUCCUGGAGGCGCGCCUUCAAGGUUACUGGAAUCACUUCACACCGAGCGCUGCGCAGCACAGCAGUCACCACCACUCCGCACAAGUCGAUGGGUCUGUAGAGUAUCGCCGCGACGACGCGUCUCCGCCUUCCCCGCUGAUGCGGUGGUUGCUAGCUUGUUUGCAGAGCGUGCUGAGUGUUCCGUUUCAGCCUCAGCCGGUGGUGAAAACGUCUAUCGGCGCUGCCCCGGCCGACUCGGCCCCCACGGAGUAUCGUACCUCUCAGUCGUCUUCACCGACGCCUGGGCAGUUCUGCUCGACUCCACUUCCGACUCGCUACACCUGGAAGAAGUUUAUUAGCGCCGUCUUCUUCAGCCCUUCAGAAAGAGAGGAGUGGACUUCAGCCCACAAUCCCACCAUCACCGCGGCCGCUCGUGCUCUGUCCCUGAUGGACAGCUGCUACGUGGCCGCUCUCGCCUAUACGCUUCGCGAGCUUGCCGGGAUUGAGCUGGAACUCAGGGCACGCUUCGUGUUCGAAGACGAGGACGAGGACGAGGAGAAGAGCUCCGAUGCUGAAAGGAAGGCUUCUUGCAGGAUAGGCGACGUGGGCGAGCGUCGUGGUGUGUCAGCUUCGGCGACGGCGUCAAUGCAAAUCGCAAGCCUCAAUCACUGGCGGCGUGAGCGCAAGAACAUCUUCCUGAGCUCAUCCUCAUCCUCAUCCUCCAUCGCUCCAUCACCGCAGCCCAACUUCUUCCCAGACAGUGGCGUGCCUCGUGCAACCGAGGAUGCGCAUACCGGCGACAGCAGUAGCAGAAGUGGCAACGGUAGCUGUCACGGGUGCUUACCACGUGAGGGGGCUACUGCAACCUCAACGCAAUCGUCGACCCCGACGCGCCAGCGCUGUCCUACCUCACAGCUUCCAUCUACCCAGGAAUCACCGUGUGAUGGACCACCCAGAGCUAAUGGGCGCCCGUGGUGCCAGUCGGUAGCCGCUGCCACCUCUGCUGCGUCCCCCCUAACCUCUGACCCCGUGGGCAAGGAAUGGGAGUUGACGUUGGUGCUUCGACACGCUAGUGAUGGCGGUGCCGAGCAAGAGACGACAAAUCCGCCCUCUAACGCCUUUUUCUCAACUCUUACGUGGGAAGUGAUGGAGCAGGUGUGCUCGGCAGUCCUCCAUCAGCUGCAAGUCACAGCCCAGGUCGGCGAUGCGGCGGAGACGGAGAAGCUGAAGAAGGCAAAGGCAGCGAAAGUCGGACUGUGA